AUGUUUAGAAGAGCCGGCCAACGCACCUUUGCCCGCUUCAACUCCUCUGGUCACGGUCAUGUGUCCAAGUACAUUUCCGAGUCCGCUUUCCCACAUGUGGACAAAAAAGCUGGUGAAGAAUUCAUCAAAAAACAAUCGGAAAAAGCUCAACAUUCCGAAGGAAUUACCAACACCUGGAAGAGAUUGACUUACUUGAUUGCAUUCCCUGCCAUUGCAUUGACCGCCAUUCCAGUUGUGAACAUUGAAAUGCAUCACGCCGAGCACAGAAAGCACUUGAGAGAGCUUCCCGAUGAGGAAUGGCCCACUCAGUAUGAGUACCAAAACCUUAGACAAAAGAAGUUUUUCUGGGGUGACGGAGACAAGACUUUGUUCUGGAACUCUGACAUCAACAGACACAUUGAGUCUUAA